UAAUCCUCCCAAUCCUCCUUGGAUUCAACGUCCAAGCAACAUUGGCUGUGGAUAGACAACGACACUCAUAGACAUCGGUUUGGAUCUUCUAGGGUAAAGCAUUGUUGCCUGGCCAGUGGUGCGCUCUAAACACUGAAACACGCCAUAAGUGUCAUUAUAAUGGCACAUAAGGUUAGAAGGAGGGAGUAUAGGAUUUCUAGUUCUUUUGUUGUUUUCUUUAUCUGUUGGAAAAGUGUACUUGGAUAUGAUUUGCAGUGACUAUAUGAGAAGCUUCCAUGUUCCGUUGCUUGGCAUGAGAUUGAACCAAACAUACUCUUCUUCAAACCGCCUGACGGUAAGCUAGUCAGGGACAUAAAUGGUCUCCAAAGGUGUGCUUGCAUGUCCUGGUGACCUGAAAAAGGUAUGGGAGAAUUUUUCGAAGCUGUACUGCUUGAUAUUUUCUCUAUGUUCUUUUUUAUUUGUUACGGUUUAAUUUAAAAAUAAACUAGUGAAGUCACAAAUAUUCGUGAAUGGAAUGAGAUAGUAUCAUGUAUGCAGCCGCCGCAGCGGGAAAUGGCCUAUCUGUCUGUCUGUGACGGUGUGACCCAUCGCAAAUCGCAAGCGAAGCAAGCGCGGGGGCGGAGGAGUGGCGGAAAUAAAAGAAGUGUGAAAAAAGGCAAGGCGUAGUGCGCAGGUAGUUAUGUCUGGUAAUCGCGAGCGGCACACGGCACGCGUCCCCGCCCACGCCCACGCGCGGCCCCGACGGCUGUCCAACUUUUUUUGCAAUUUGGCCCUUUUCGGGUUUUUUUCCCACAUUUAUGCCCCUGGCAGUUUCAUUUCAAAAAAUGGACCCUUAGCUCGGCGCCGUCAUCAUUGGCGCCGAGCAUGUGUGUGCCGGCGCCAAUACUAUUGGCGCUUAUACGUCAGACGCCGGUGUGAUCUGGAUUGACGUGGCACGUACCUCGGCGCCAUAGAUCUUGGCGCCGAGGUAGGCGCCCGGUCAACGACGCCUACCUCGGCGCCAAGAUCUAUGGCGCCGAGGUACGUUCCUAUAAAUAGUACCCUACGUCUGGCUUGUUGCUGUGCUCAUUUCAAUUCUUCUAAACUAGAGAUGUCUAGGCGUGGUAAAUAUGCUAAACAAAGGAAGGGUCCUUUGACCGGAACUGCCUUCGACCCGCUGCCUUUGCCAAGUGGUGUUCCAGUGCCUAUGUGUUUUUGUGGUGAUCCUUGUAAGGUCGAUAAGUCUGAAGAUCAUGACACCUAUCGACAGAGGUAUUGGAUGUGUGCUAACUUUGCAUUUGAGCCAACUGUUGUUCAACGUCGGAUGAAUUUAAUGACUCCUCCACCGCUAUGUGAUUUUGAGCAGUGGAUUGACACCGAAAUAUCAGAGAAAGAUAAGAAGUGGCUGGAGAAUCUUCAAAAGUGGGAUGCAGAGGACAAAGAGAGGAUGAAAAAAAGACGAGAGGAGCUUGCUGCCGAGCAACAACGUGAAGACGAAGAGAAAAUGAGGCGUGUUGCUGAAUGCAGGGAAGAUAAGGAGAAGAAGCUUGAGCGUGCACGUCGUGCAAAGGAAGCAAUGGAGGAGAACCCUGAUGCAUUUCGCAAAGGCAAAUGGCCCCGUUGUACUCAGUAGUAUUGGUGUUUUAUUUGAAGUUAUGUAAUAAUGAACUUAUUAUUCGGUAAUAUGUAUUGUCGAACAAUGAUAUUUCGUAA